CCUUCCCCGCGGCCGGCAGGGAGCGAGCGGAGCUGUCCGCCUGCUGGAGCCGCUGCCGCCGGACCCGAGAGAGAACGACAGAGAGAGGCGGGGCUCGCUGCCCCCCCCCGCCCCGCCUUGCCUUCUCGGGGCGACUUUGGAGCGGCUCCCCUCCCGGAGAAUCGGCGUCUCCGCGCCCCGGUAGCCUCGCAGAGCCUUAGCCGGCUCCUUUUCGGACCUGAUCGGCGGACCAAAGAGCGGCCAGGUGACACGUAGCACUGCGGCCGGCCUCGGUUGUUGGACGGGAGGCAAAGCGGCGAGCAAGGGACACCCCCCCCCUCACCGCUCCCCCCUCCACCUCCACCCCGACCGUGACCGCCAUCCUGCCAGCUCCCUGCUCUCAUCUUUUCUCUCCCCCCUCCGUCCUCGCACUGGCUCCAUUGAACCAUCCGGCCCCUGAACCCUGGAGUAAAAAGUCCCAGGCACACGAGAGUGGGGCAGAGGUCGGAGCGGUGCCCAGGACCUGCUGAGCGAACGUGACUGGCUGCUGCUUCCGUCCUUGCCCGUGAAGCCCACCAAAGCAGGGGUGGAGCGAGGCCGAUGCUACCGAUGGCGGGUGUGACACUCCAGUUCUCUUAAGGAUGUUUGGAAAAGCUGGAUUGUCCAAUGGAGGCUGCCGAGUGUGCCAGCAUCUUGCCAGGUAAUAGCAGCCUGUCGGGAGACCAGCAACUGAAUUACCUUUCUCUGGAGCAGAGCCCCGCUAAACCUUCUACAGAAGUGAAGGGUUACCAGAGGAAGGCAUGGAAGACGUUCCUCUGCCACUCGGUCUCCGUGCUCACUCUGGGGCUCCCCCUCGUCAUCUUCCAUUGGAAGCCGCACCUGGAAAUCUACGCCAAGUGCACGCCCUGCUCCUUGCGCCAGGCAGAUUGGGUGCUCAUCCGAGAUCAGCUGGGAAGGUGUUUCGCAUCCAGAGUCCGAACAGAGCAGAUCGAAGAUGGCAGCCUCGAAUCCAGAACAGACGAGGGGAGGAGCGCUAUUGCCGUGGGCGUUUCGGAUGACCAAGCAAGAAGCCAGGACACCAUACGGCUGCACCAGAAGGAAGAGAAAAAUGUUCUUCGCUAUUACUCCUUUGAAGGCAUCCACUAUCUCUGGGUGGAAAGGCGACAGGCCUACUGCAGGGCCAGCACGUUGGACGAAGGCUGGACGUGUUCCGAUCUCCACCUCUCCUGCCGUGGCCUGAGCGUCCAAGAGCAAUCUGCCAGAAAGAUGAUUUACGGCCCAAACCUGAUUGACGUGCCGGUGAAGUCGUACCUCCGGCUGCUGAUGGAUGAGAUCUUGAACUUAUUCUACCUUUUCCAAGUGUUCAGCAUCACCUUAUGGAUCUGUGAAGAAUAUUACUCCUACGCGGCCUGCAUCUUUAUCAUUUCCACCGUCUCCAUCGGACUCUCUCUCUACGUCACCAAAAAGCAAAACAGGACUCUCCGGGAUAUGGCCAAAGUGGUGAGCAGCGUGCAGAUCUGCCGGCCUUCUGGAGAGAGAGUGGUGGUGAGUUCCGUGGAUCUCGUGCCAGGAGACGUCCUCGUGGUCUCUCCAGAAGGGAUGCUAGUUCCCUGCGAUGCCGCAUUGCUCAACGGCGAGUGUGUGGUCAACGAAAGCCUUCUGACUGGGGAGAGCACGCCAGUCCUGAAGACCCCUUUGCCUAAAGGCCCGGAAGAGGCCAACACCACCUAUUCCUCCGAAGAUCACAAACGACACACCCUGUUCUGUGGGACACAAGUCAUCCAGGCUCGAUCCCACGGAGACGCUGACAUCCUGGCAGUUGUGACCCGCACCGGAUUCUACACAGCCAAAGGGGAUCUCAUCAGCUCCAUCCUUCAUCCCAAGCCACUGAGGCUCAGGUUUCAUAACGAUGCUUGGAAGUUUAUCACCUUCCUUGCCGUCUUGGCCGUCAUUGGAACCAUCUACAGCAUCAUCAUCUUAAAGAGAAACAAGGUUUCCCGGUGGCUGAUAGCCCUCCGUGCUUUGGACAUUGUGACGGUGGUUGUUCCCCCAGCCUUGCCGGCUGCGAUGACGAUGGGCACCAUGUACGCUCAAAGUCGGCUGAAACGCCGGGGCAUUUUCUGUAUCAGUCCCCAACGCAUCGACCUCUGUGGAAAGGUGCGCCUGGUUUGCUUCGACAAGACAGGGACCCUUACCGCUGAUGGCAUGGACGUCUGGGGAGUCGUUCCCCAGGCUGGCAGCUCUUUCCUGCCCAUCGUCCAUGAGCUCCGUCGCCUGGCCGAUGGGCCACUGCUCCGCUGUCUGGCCACCUGCCACACCCUCUCUCUACUUGGAGAUCAGCCUAUAGGUGACCCGGUGGAUCUCCGGAUGCUGGAGUCUACUGGAUGGUCUCUGGUAGAAACCGAAGGGCCAGAGGUGAAGGCCUGCCUGGAACAGGACUUUGGGACAGGUGCUCUGCUGUUCGUGGCUCCCCCGCUGCUGAAAGAGCAGCUCCCCGGCACGAAGACCCCCGUCCCCAUGGCUGUCCUCCGUCGCUUCCCGUUUUCUUCAGCUUUGCGGAGGAUGAGCGUUCUGGGGAAGGCUCCCGGCAAUAGCCCCGUGGAGGUUUUCAUGAAGGGAGCUCCAGAGACGGUGGCUGGCCUCUGCAAGAAAGAAUCUGUCCCCCAGGAUUUUCCCCAGCAGCUGCAACAGUUCACAAGCAGUGGGUUCCGCGUUCUGGCCCUCGCUUAUAAGCCCUCGGUGGCCGUGGGGAGCUUUGAAGAAGCCCAGGAGGUGACCAGAGACUGGGUGGAGACGGACAUGGUCUUCCUUGGGCUCCUAGUCCUCAAGAACAUCCUCAAGCCUGAGACGGCACCAGUCAUCCGCGUGCUGCGCAGUGCAGGGAUCCAAACCGUCAUGGUCACAGGAGACAACAUGCUCACUGCAGUCAACGUGGCGAGGAGCUGCCACAUGGUGGAGGCGCACGAGCGUGUGGUGUUCGUGAAUGCUGCACCUCCCAGCUGCGGCAAGGUAGCUGCCCUCACCUUCACUCCUUCAGAGCAGGUCAAGGAUGUGCACCAGCAAGAGAGCGACUUCCCGGAACAGCUGCCGUGCUCCUUUGCCUUGAACGGGAAAUCCUUCACGGUCCUCUGCGAGUGCUUCCCAGCCCUCCUGCCCAAGAUAUUAGUCCAAACCACUAUUUUCGCACAGAUGUUACCUGACCAGAAAACUCGCCUGGUUGAGCAUUUGCAACAUCUGAACUACUGCGUGGCCAUGUGUGGAGACGGGGCCAACGACUGCGGGGCUCUGAAGGCAGCCGAUGUGGGCAUCUCGCUCUCCGAAGCAGAGGCCUCGGCGGCGGCACCGUUCACUUCCCAGAGGGCCAAUAUCGAGUGCGUCCCCAUCACCAUUAGGGAAGGAAGAUGCUCUUUGGUCACCUCCUUUGGCCUCUUCAAAUACAUGGCGUUCUACAGCCUGACGCAAUUUGUUUCCGUGCUCCUGCUUUACACGCUCAACACCAACCUGAGCGAUGGGCAGUUCCUGUUCAUCGACCUCAUCAUCACCACCACGAUGGUGGCUCUCAUGGGCAAGACGGAGCCUGCCGAGGACUUGGGUCUCAAGCGUCCACAGGGAGCCCUGAUCAGCCUUGCCGUCCUGGGCAGCCUUUGUCUCCAAAUGGCUCUCAUCGUCGCAGUCCUGCUCCUCAUCUACUUCAUCACCAUCUCUCAGCAGUGGUUCACCCCUCUGAACAGCACUCUGUCAGCCCCUGCAAACCUCCCCAAUUAUGAGAACACCGUUGUCUUCUGCACCUCGGGGUUCCAGUACCUCAUCCUGGCGGUGGUCGUGUCGAAAGGCCGCCCUUUCCGCAAGCCCCUUUAUACCAAUGUGCCGUUUCUGAUGGCCUUGCUCUUGCUCGCCGGCAUCAUGACCUGGCUGACUGUCUACCCGCUGUCCUUCAUGCAAAAGCUCUUGCGUCUUAAGAGUAUUGGCGACCUGAGCUUCAAAGUGAUCUUGCUGGGAAUGGCUGCUCUCCACUUCUUCACGGCUUUCGUAUUGGAGGUGGGCCUAGACCACGGCCUGCUGAACGGCUUCCGGAAGCUGCGACGCAAGAAGGCAUCGAAAAAGUUGUUCAAGCAGCUGCAGCGGGAGCUCAGCCAGGAGAAAAGCUCGUGGCCGCCUCUCCACGCACCUGUCUUCGCCCCCACCAGAAUCUCCCCAGCCGCAAGAUGA